ACAAAACUGUUAUUACAAGCUUAUUAUUUCUCGUAAAGGCAUUGUUGUCCUCAAGCCUCUAUAUGAGAUUAACCCCGUUUUCCCUCAAAGAUGGAGGCUAACAGAGGCAGUGUUUUUUUCUGUGCCAUCCACUCCUUAUUCUAUUUUCUCUUUCAGCUCAGUGACAGAUGGCGAGUCCUUCUCCCCCAGGGGAAGCCAGUCUCUGUGAAUGCGGCCGCAUGUCAAUCACCGGCUCUCAUGUGAUGGCUCUUGCCAAUGACGUGCCAGCCAUAUGGGCCUGGCAUCAGAGCUGGUAUGUAACCCACCCAGUCCUGCCUCUGAGGUGCCACACGGCUCCCUCCACGCGUUUGGGCUGGGGAUAGCAGCAGCAGCAGCAGAUAGAGCAGAGAGGCAGGAGGGGGAGAGGGGAAAAGAGAGAACAGAAGAGAAAACAGAGGUGUGAGAGCAGACACGCAGUGCCUCGCCUGCACGAGCAGCCACGCAGGGCGUGUGGAUGUGAUGCCCACCCGGAGAGAAAUGGUGUAAACAAACCAGCUCUGCCCCGUCAUUGAGCUCCACCACGGAGGUUGCCUGCCACAAUGUUGAGCCGUCUGUUCAGCGAGGUGCUGCCGGACGUCCAGAGGCUUGCGGCUGACUGGGUGGAGGACAAUGAAAGCCAGGAAUGCAAGGCCAACGAGCACGAGUCCUGUCACCUCGGUGAGGAUGAGCUGGACGAGCCACAGGAAGGCAGCAGUCGAGCUGAGUCCGAAAUGGCCGGUGACGACGAUGAGGAUGAUGAUGCCGAGGAAGAGGAGUGCGGGGAUGAGAACGACUCAGACAAACCCAAGAAACGUGGUCCAAAGAAACGUAAGAUGACGGCGGCCCGUGUUGAGCGCUCCAAGGUGCGUCGAAUAAAGGCAAACGCACGGGAGCGCACACGCAUGCACGACUUAAAUUCUGCGCUGGACAACCUGCGCAAAGUGGUACCGUGUUAUUCCAAAACUCAGAAACUCUCUAAGAUAGAGACACUGAGGCUGGCUAAGAAUUAUAUAUUAGCCCUUGGGGAGAUUUUACGCAACGGAAAGCGUCCAGAUGUGGUGACCUACGUGCAGAUGUUGUGUAAAGGGCUGUCCCAGCCCACUACCAAUCUGGUGGCAGGAUGCCUGCAGCUCAACACCAGGAACUUCCUGACUGAGCAGUGCACAGACGGAGCCCGCUUCCACAUGCCCAGCUCUCCUUUCUCGGUUCAUCCCUACCCCUACCGAUGUUCCCGCCUAUCCAGUCCUCAUUACCAGCCCGGAACCGGUGCGCUCAACCUACGAAGCCACUCCUACAGUUCCGGGUAUGAAGCCACUUACCCGCCGGGUGGGACGUCCCCUGACUACAGUAGUCCGGACUACGAAGGCCAGCACAGCCCACCCGUGUGCCUGAACGGCGGGGUUUCUGGGAGGCAACAAGAGUCUUCUGAGAUAGACAGGAACUAUCAUUACUCUAUGCAUUACUCCGGACUGACUACAUCUCGACCCAGUCACAGUCUAUCUUUUGGCCCCUCGGGAGCGCGCAGUGGUGCACACUCAGAAAACAUUCCACCUUUCCAUGAUGGGCACUUGCACCAUGACAGGGCGCCACCAUAUGAGGAUCUCAAUGCUUUUUUCCACAAUUGAGCUUAAUGACUCAUUGAUCCAACCAGGCUUAUUGACUUUACAAUGACAAUCUUAUAACGUUUAAUAUUAUUCGGAAAGCGACUGGAGUUCCUAAAAAUGAGAAAUGGAAGUGGCAGAAAGAAUCUUCUGAUUAUCUUCUGUAUUCUACUGAUGUCAUCUCUAUACUGCUGUACAUCCUGUCAACGUGUGUCCGCUGUUAUCCUGUAUGCAGAAUGAGUGCAAUUGACAUAAACGAUGUAAAAGCCAACAAGAAACCUGUUAUGACACAAACUACAGAAAUAAAAGUGUUUUAUAAUUGUCUGAAA